AUGGCGCGCACCCGCUCGGCGAUUCUGCGCGGCGCGGCCGCGGCCGCCGGGCUCUGCCUGGCCCUCCAUGCCGUCCGCGCCUUCGUGGCUCCGCCCGCCGCCUCGGCGCGCACGGAGGAGCUGCGAGGCACGGCGGUGCACUCGGCGGUGCAGCUGGGCGCCACCCAGAGCCCGACCCUCGCGGCCUCGGCGGCCACCGCAGCGGCGGCUGCCCCGGGUGCCUUCUCCGGGUCCACGCUGCUGACGGCCGGGCUCUUCACGGCCCGCAGCAUGGUCAGCGUCUGCGCGCAGGUGGCCCGGCACGCCAAGGCGCCCGUGAGCGAGUUCGGCGCUCCCAGCGGUGUCCGGAACUUUCAGGAGAUGGCCCUCGGCUUCACCACCGACAUCGCCAAGAACAACUUGGGCGAGUCCUUCUACAGGCCCUGGGUGCCCUUCGUGACGACCAUCUUCCUCUUCAUCUUCGUGAGCAACUGGUCCGGUGCCCUGAUCCCUUGGAAGCUCUUUGAGAUCCCGGCCGGUGAGUUGGCGGCGCCCACCAACAACAUCAACACCACCGUCGCCCUCAGCCUCCUCACCUCCCUGGCCUACUUCGGAGGUGGCCUGGCCAAGAAGGGCCUCGGCUACUUCGCCCGCUACGUGAAGCCGACCCCGAUCCUGCUGCCCAUCAACAUCCUUGAGGAUUUCACGAAGCCGCUGUCUCUGAGCUUCCGACUCUUCGGAAACGUGGUGGCCGAUGAGUUGACCGUGGGGGUGCUCUGCUUCCUGGUGCCCUUUGUCAUCCCGCUCCCGAUUAUGGGCCUGGGUCUCUUCGCCGGUUCCAUCCAGGCGCUGAUUUUCUCCACCUUGGCAGCGGCAUACAUCAAGGAGGCCCUGGAGUGA